AUGGUCCUCGCCAAGGACCACUUUACGGCUGUUGUAGCUGGGAGCCUCCUGCCGCUGCUCAGCGCCGUGUAUGCCAUGGAUAGUGUCAGCUUCGAUCCUGGCACAUAUGGUACCGAAGAAACCCCCUACCAGACAUAUGCCUCGAGUCCCGGGAUUACGCCACCGGAGCUGUUGAUUCACUCCAACACUUCUUCGGCCAUGACAAGUGGCUAUGUAUUCGUCGGCGUGGAUGGCACCUCCGACUCAAAGCAGACGGCGCCUUGCAUCUACGACAUGAGCCCUGGUGACAACAUGGGAUCGCUCGUUUGGACUGGUCUUGAAUGGAACAAGACAUUCGAUGUUAGCCUGCAGACAUACAAAGGGGAGCCAGUCAUUACCUUCUACAACGGCACCCUCCUGGAUGGCUUCGGACACGGAUCUUACUAUAUGCUAGACCAAACAUACACCGAAAUUAAACAUUUCUCCCCUAUCGGCUACCCCAAUCUUGGAGACAUCCACGAGUUCCGCAUCACGGAUGAUGACACCGCACUAGUGACUCUGUACAUCGUCAAGCAGGCUGAUCUGACGUCGGUUAACGGCACCAAGGACGGGUAUAUCUACGAGUGCGCAUUUCAGGAAAUCAAUAUCGAAACUGGAGAACUGGUCUUCAUGUGGAACGCAACCGACCAUGUCGCACUGAAUGAGACAUAUAAUGAACUUGGUAGCGCCGGUGAUGAGUCCUCGCCGUUUGACUUCUUCCACAUCAACUCGGUUACCAAGGAUCCUGAUGGAAACUAUCUCAUCUCAUCGCGUACCACCUGGGCGCUCUUCAAGAUCGAUGGUACAACAGGCGACAUCAUCUGGCGACUCAAUGGUCGGCAUUCCGACUUCACUGUGGACGACGGGGCUGACUUCCACUGGCAACACAAUGCUCGAUGGACCGACGCCACGGCCCAGACACAUAUCAGCAUCUUCGACAACCAGGGUGAUGACGACAAUACAAGGUCUCGGGGAAUGCUCCUCGCGGUCGAUCAAGAAGCCAUGACGGUUUCCUUGGAGCAGGAUUUCCACAACGGCGACUCGACCUAUUCCAGAUACGAGGGUAACCUGCAGUGUCUGAACUGUAGCGAUUUGUCUUCGACGAAUUGGUUCCAGGGCUACGGUAACCAGCCGUACUUUACCGAGUUCUCCGCCGAUGGCACCAUUGUCCUGGAUGUCCAGUUUGCUGUGCAGAAUGCCAUCAACUCGUACCGCGCAUACAAAUACCCCCUGGCUAGCUGGGUUGGCAAGCCGAAUACGAAUCCCAACAUCUCUUGGGAUAACGGCACCAGCGACGUCUACCUUUCUUGGAACGGGGCAACGGAGGUUGACUCCUGGGAUGUAUACAUGGCAGACCAAGCCAACAGCACCAAUUGGACCAAGAUAGCGUCUGCGACCAAGGCAGGAUUCGAGACAGCUGUGCAUCUCACCGGCUCCGACCUGCCUGCAUAUGUCCGUGGUAAGGCCUUGAACUCCACCGGGGGAGUCUUGGGCUUAACCGACGCCACGGACGGUUUCUCAUUCUAUAACCCUGGCGACGAGUCUAUCGAGUCAGGAUCUCCGUCAGCCACAGAAUCGGGCCAUUCCGAUGUCAGUAACGAUUUGGAUUCCACUUCGGGAGUGUAUUCACACCAAUUAAGUUAA